CGGCUCUUGGCUCACAGCCGUCCCCUCGCUGGUGGGAAGGAGCCGAGAUGGCGGCAGCCAGCGCUGGGGCAACGCGGCUGCUCCUGCUCUUGCUGAUGGCGGUAGCAGCGCCCAGUCGAGCCCGGGGCAGCGGCUGCCGUGCCGGGACUGGUGCGCGAGGGGCCGGGGCGGAAGGCCGAGAGGGCGAGGCCUGUGGCACGGUGGGACUGCUGCUGGAGCACUCAUUUGAGAUCGAUGACAGUGCCAACUUCCGGAAGCGGGGCUCGCUGCUCUGGAACCAGCAGGAUGGUACCUUGUCCCUGUCACAGCGGCAGCUCAGCGAGGAGGAGCGGGGCCGACUCCGGGAUGUGGCAGCCCUGAAUGGCCUGUACCGGGUCCGGGUCCCAAGACGACCUGGGGCCCUGGAUGGCCUGGAAGCUGGUGGCUAUGUCUCCUCCUUUGUCCCUGCGUGCUCCCUGGUGGAGUCGCACCUGUCGGACCAGCUGACCCUGCAUGUGGAUGUGGCCGGCAACGUGGUGGGCGUGUCGGUGGUGACGCACCCCGGGGGCUGCCGGGGCCAUGAGGUGGAGGACGUGGACCUGGAGCUGUUCAACACGUCGGUGCAGCUGCAGCCGCCCGCCACAGCCCCGGGCCCUGAGACGGCAGCCUUCAUCGAGCGCCUGGAGAUGGAACAGGCCCAGAAGGCCAAGAACCCCCAGGAGCAGAAGUCCUUCUUCGCCAAAUACUGGAUGUACAUCAUUCCCGUCGUCCUGUUCCUCAUGAUGUCAGGAGCGCCGGACACCGGGGGCCAGGGUGGGGGUGGGGGCGGUGGUGGGGGUAGUGGCCGGUGAGGGCCCAGGCUGGUCAGCGUCCCAUCUUGCACACCCAGGGGCCUCCCUUUCUGCUGGAGUCCCCUGUGUCCUCUGCCAUCCCAAGAAAGGUUUGCUGGUCCUUCCUUUCCCCCCGUCCCACGAGGCCACCUGGGCCAGCCCCUUGUCUUCUGCCUUCCUGCUGGCAGAGGAGCGGCUGGAUUGGGGCCUUUGGCACAGGAGCCGGUGUCUCCUGUGCCCGCCUCCCCCAUGGCCCCAUGCAGCCCCAGGGGCUUCCCCCUUGCCCAUGGAAUAGAGCCCAAGAUCCUGGCCACUAUGCCAGUUCUGACCUUGCAUCCCCCUACCCCGAGCCCAUGCAGUCUGGGAACAUGCCGCCUUCUCUCCAGCCUCUGUGCCUUUGUUCCAGGUGGUCUCACCCUCCUGUCCCUGGCUGGGCUAGGUGGUCCUGUCCAGGCUCCUGCAGGGCCUCCCUCACUUUGACACUGGACUAGGAUGCAGCCUCCCUUCUGUGUCCCCUUGAGGGUACCCUGGGUCCCCUCAUCAGGGGCAGAGGCAUGAAAGAGUCAGGGCUGGAUGGCCAGGGGCUUCUGGGCCUGACGCCUAGCGCAGUCUCUGGGGUUGUGGUUUGACAUUUGUCUGCCUGGUGCAAACAAGGAAUCCUUGCCUUUAGGGUGACAGGCCCUCCACAGGCCUCCAGACUUGAAGGAAAAGGUUUAAGAUAAAAAAGAAAAGAAAACCAACAGUUAGUGGAGUCAAAGCCCAGACACUGUAAAUAGAACCCCCUCCAGCGCCCCCCGCCGCCCAGCAUCCUGCCUGGACCGCGGUGCUGCGAGGGCCUGCGGGCCUUUGCUGUGUGCCGCCCUCCCUGUAAGUCUAUUUAAAAACAUCGACGAUACGUGGAAAUAUGUGAACGUUUUGAAAAGCUACAGCUUCCAGCAGCCAAAAGCAACUGUUGUUUUGGCAAGACGGUCCUGAUGUACAGGCUUGAUUGAAAUGCACUGCUCACUCGAUACGUUAUUCAGAAACCCAAGGAAUGGCUGUGUCCAUCCUCAUGGCUGUGUGAAGCUCAGCUGUGUCGUGUGGCAGUUUAUUAAACUGUCCCGCAAAUCGACACGCAGCUAGCCUCCUGCAUUGUGUGGUUAUAAAUAGCACCCUAGUGAAUGCUCUCAUCCAGUCUCUCCUGGGUGUGGUUUGAAUGACCUCGGGAUGCAUGACUAAAAUGGAAUUACGACGGCAGGUCAGAAACGCACUUACGAACAAGUGAUGGUUCACGGGAGUCGACUGUCAAGACCAGGAGGUGGUGCACCGUGAGGUGUUGUCUUCCCUCCCGUCACUUCUUUUUGUUUUUGAGACAGAGUCUUGCUCUGUCACCCAAGCUGGAGUGCAGUGGCGGUACCUUGACUCACUGCGACCUCCACCUCUCAGGCUCAGUAAUUCUCCCACCUCAGCCUCCUGAGUAGCUGGGAUUGCAGGCAUGCGCCACCACGCCCGGCUAGUUUUUGUAUUUUUUGUAGAGACGGGGUUUCACCAUAUUGCCCAGGCUGGUCUUGAACUGCUGGACUCGAGUGAUCCACCUGCCUCGGCCUCCCAAAGUGCUGGGAUUACAGGCGUGAGCCACCGCGCCUGGCCUAUUUUUGGUAACUUUAAUAAGAUAGUCUUAGCAUUGCCGACUUCUGUUUCUUUCUCCACCUGCAGGAGAUAGCUUAUGCUUUUUCUGUCUUCAUUCCAUGUGAAUCCUGCUUCACUCUUUUCCUAGAUGAUUCCCGAAAUAUUUACUAAUGCUUUUUUUUUUUUUGAGGCCGAGUCUCGCUCUGUCACCCAGGCUGGAGUGCAAUGGCACAAUCUCAGCUCACUGCAACCUCCGCUUCCUGGGUUUAAGCGAUUCUCCUGCCUCAGCCUCCCAAAUAGCGGGGACUGCAGGUGCCCGCCAACACACCUGGCUAAUUUUUGUAUUUUUAGUAGAGACAGGGUUUCACCAUGUCGGCCAGGCUGGUCUUGAACCCCUGACCUCAGGUGAUCUACCUGCCUCAGCUUCCCAAAGUGCUGGGAUUACAGGCAUGAGCCACUGCGCCAGGCCUCCUGAUGCUUUUUGGGAAGUGUUCACAACUCAGAGUCCUGGUCCCUGUGUCUGAUCUGCAGCUGCCUUCUACCCCAGCACUGGGGGCACAUCUUAGUUUUCCUGAGUUGAACAUUGGGAUCUUUAUAAGCCUGAUUAUAUCCUUUUCCCUCUAAGACUCGGUUGCUUUCAGGCUGGCAGAGUUAACUCUGUGGGGUAUUCCAGGAAAUGCCUGAGCUCCUUCAGGCUCCCCUAGGGUCCUGUUCUUAUUAAACUUUUCUUCCCGGUCUUGCUGGUCCCUGGGGAACCCACUCACUAUUUUAUUUUAUUGACUGGGGUAUCCAGGGAUGAAGUAUGAAACUCAAAAGAUAGAGUAGGUUGGCCAGGCAUAGUGAUUCAUGCCUGUAGUCCCAGCUGUUUGGGAGGCUGAGACAGGAGGAUCGCUUGAGCCCUGGAGUUCGAUGCUUCCUGAGCUGUGAUUGAACCACCGCACUGCAGCCCGGGUGGCAGAGGGAGACCCUGUCUCCAGAAGAGACAAAAGAUGCAGUGGGAUCCACGUUGAGAAACCGUAUGCUCACCGCGGGCUCCAGCACCCACUUCCCCUCCCUGGAGGCAGCCUGAGUUUUCUGUCCUCUGGUAUGCUGCAGAUACUCUCCACAGAAACAAGCAGAUGCACAUGUCAGCAGUUUUGCAAGUGUUGCUCUUUUCCCUCACCACCUUUUGACAUAGCUGGGGCAGUUUCCAUCUCUGGUGUAAGGUGCCAUCUUAUUCCAUCUCUGGUGUAAGAGUGUUUUGCUGGAUUUUAGUUGUUCUAAGCAGCACUGCAGGAAUUCCCCUGUUCUGCUGCAUCGUUUUGCACGCGUGUGUGUCUGUGGAAGACAUGGCCCGGUGGGGCCCCACCUUGCUGGGGGACAGGGAUGUGUGUGUAAUGGUGAUGCAUGCUUCCCCCUUGCUACUCCAGGUGUCUGCCGCAUCCCUUCACCCUGGAGGUUCCAGACAGCCCCUCUUCACCAGCGAUUGCCCCCAACUCAUCUCCAGCUCAGAUCCCACCCCUGAUCUCCAGACUCAUGGCCCCAUCUGCCUCCUGGGCUCCUUCCCCAGGAUGUGCCUCAGGGGCCACUAAAGGAGCCAGUGCCUCCCACCUGCCCGGAUCGGGUGCUCCUCCAGGGAUCUUUGUUCCAGUGAGUGGUGCCACCACCUGCCCAACCUCAUGGACGAGAGCACUGCCCUGCCCCAAUCACGUUCCCCUAUGCACCACCAUACCUACCCCUAAAGUUCUUCCUGGCCUCACCCCUUCGCGUCUGUCUCGAUGGCAUUGGUCCCAGCUCAAGCCUCGUCCUCGGCCACCUGGACCAUCAGCCCAGCCUCCUCUUUGGCUUCCUACCCCCAGCAUCCCCCCUCCGUCCAUCCCCCAAUGGAGGGCUUCCUGACACUAGAGCUGACCUCACUACUCCCCUGCUCACAGCCCUCCCCGUGGCCCCUCACCUCCCCCAGGAUAAAGUCCCAACCCAUCCUUCUGUGUCUCUUCCUUUCUGUCUCCACUGUCCUGACCCUAACUCAACCCUCAUUCUCUGCCUCCUGGACCCUCAUCCCAGCCUUGUGACUUCUGGUCUAAGAUGUGAGAGCACCUGGCAAGGUAAAUGCUCCAGGAGGGGUUGCUCCCUCCCAUUUCCUGCCACCAGAAAAUGUUAUCGGCUCCGUGGCAUUGAGAAAGUUUCCCUCUUCCCAGCCUAGGGUUUCAUGUGGGCAUUUAGGUGCUCCCAGUACAUAGUUGCAUGGCAAGCAAUCCUAAAAUAUACAAGAUUACGUUUAGUAUUUUGUAAAAUUCUUUACUAACCCCAAAUUGUCUACUGGAAACUAUAGGCUCCUUUUUUUGGUGGGUGGGGGGCAGGUGUGUUUGUGGGAUGGAGUUUCACUUGUCACCCGGGCUGGAGUGCAGUGGCUCAAUUUUGGCUCACUGCAACCUCCACCUCCCAGGUUCAAGCAAUCCUCUUGCCUCAGCCUCUUGAGUAGCUGGGAUUACAGCCGUGUGCCACCACACCCAGCCAAUUUUUGUACUUUUAGUAGAGACCGGGUUUCACCAUGUUGGCCAGGCUGGUCUUGAACUCCCGACCUCAAGCGAUCCACCUGCCUCAGUCUCCUAAAGUGUUGGGAUUACAGGUGUGAGCCACCACGCCUGGCCUCUGUAGGCUUCUUUAACCCAUCAGAGAGAGACGCUGGUAACGAUUAGGGGCUAAUUACUGGUGCCUCUUCAGCUGUCAGUCCAUCCUCCUUUGUUUGUACCCACCUUCCAGUCAGCAAGGCACAACAAUGUUGUUACAAAGGAAACAAUUUGGCCCAUUUCCUGGAAAUGCAAUCUCCCAAACAGGUUUAUGUGAACCAAAUUCCAUUGUCCUUUGUUUCCCAUGUGCAGUCCCAGUUGCAUUUCCAUGGGAGCCAAUCCACCCACCCAUAGAAUGACUUGAAAAUGUGUGAAGUUCAGAAGUUUCAUACCAUGAAGUUUGCUGAGCAUGAUGUUUAUAUAUUGAUUAGGAGUAAAAACGUUCAUUUUACAAAAUA